AUGUCCGAUAAACAAAAAACCAUUGUUAACGAAGUCACCUUAAAAGGCAUUGGAUUGCACACUGGCAAUUCAACCACCUUGACGCUUAAGCCCGCUCCCAUUAAUAAAGGCUUUGUGUUUGUUCGGAUUGACCUAGAGGGCCGUCCAGAAGUAGAAGCCGAUGCCAAUUAUGUGACCACCACCGAUAGAGGAACCACUUUGGAUAAAAAAGGGGUUAUUAUUAACACGUCCGAACAUGUUCUAGCGGCCUUGGUGGGCAUGGAUUUGGAUAAUGUUUACAUCGAGAUGGACAAUUCAGAGCCUCCCAUUUUGGACGGUUCUUCUCGCUUUUUCAUAGAGGCCAUUGAAAAGGCGGGCAUUAUAGAACAAGAUGCCGUGCGUGAAUAUUAUGAUAUUAAGGAAAAUGUCACCUAUAUCGAUCCCGAUUCGGGCAGUGAAAUCACGGCGAUUCCAUCUAAAAAUUAUGAAAUCGCCACCAUGGUGGAUUUUGGCACCAAAGUUUUGGGAACCCAAAACGCCACGCUUAAACGCAUGACGGAUUUUAAAACCGAGAUUGCCAACGCUCGUACUUUUAGCUUUUUACACGAAUUAGAACAUCUUUUGGCUGCUGGCCUUAUUAAGGGGGGCGAUUUAAACAACGCCAUUAUUUAUGUGGAUAAGCCC